CCGUGGUUUGUGGGACGUGACUUACAAGUUACGGCGCCAAUAACAACAGAUGAUACGCCAAGCGUAUCAAUAGUGCCUACUGUGCCUACUGUGUGCCAUUUGCCGGUAUCGCACUGGCGUCACACCUCAUAUCUACACGACAUAGCCUACCUAGCUCUCUGGCCAUUCGUUUGUAUUCUACAACUCAAACUUUCCAUCUGUGAAUACCUCCUCCAUCCCCAGUCGCAGCCGUCCUCUGAAUAAGCAAAAGAUGGUUGGAUUCAGCCGGCUAUCGCUGAUAGCCACCGUCGCCACUGCGUCCGCACAGCUUCAACAGCCCCUGGUGAUCCCAUCAUCAGAGCAUGUCCACAACACCGAACACAUAGCUUCGAAACCUCUGGUUGAUACCGAGUCGCUCCAGGCUCGCAUCAAGACCGAGAAUCUAUUCAAGCGAGCAGACGCCCUUUACGAUAUUGCAAAGUCAUCAGAAGAACAGUUUAAUCACCCAACACGAGUUAUUGGAAGUGAAGGACACCGCCGGACUCUGGAAUAUGUUGCCUCCGAGAUAGAAAAGCUCGGUGAUUAUUACAAGUCCUCAACACAGCCUUUCCCCGCGGUCAUGGGUCAGGUGUUCCAAUCCCGCCUUGUUUUGGGUCAUAGCGUGCCUGAGUCCGCUUAUCCCAUGUCGUUAACGCCUCCCACUACUGGCAAGGAGCCCGUUUAUGCCAACUUGGCGCUUGUGAGCAACGUAGGCUGUGAAGCUUCUGACUUUCCGAAAGACGUGAGCGGAAAAAUCGCCUUUAUUAAGCGUGGGACGUGUUCGUUCGGGGCCAAGUCAGAGCUUGCAGGAGCCGCUGGCGCUGUCGCAGCUGUUAUCUAUAACUCCGAAGAAGGAGGGCUGAGCGGAACGCUUGGCACGCCAUCCCCUAACCAUGUUGCAACGUUCGGCCUGUCCGGCAAAGAAGCUGAACCUGUGGUUGAGAAGCUGAAGGCGGGCGAGGCUGUAGACUCGAUCGCCUUCAUUGAUUCCGUGGUAAACACCAUCAACACCACGAAUAUCAUCAUCCAAACAACCGAGGGCGACCCGGAUAACUGUGUUAUGGUGGGAGGACAUAGCGAUAGUGUAGCUGACGGUCCUGGUAUCAAUGACGAUGGAUCAGGCAGUUUGACAUUACUUGAAGUCGCUACUCAGCUGACUCACUACAGCGUCAAGAACUGUGUCCGUUUCGCUUGGUGGGCAGGUGAGGAAGAGGGUCUUCUUGGGUCUGACUACUACGUUGCCACUCUACCUGAUGAAGAGAACAUGAAAAUCCGUCUAUUUAUGGACUACGACAUGAUGGGUAGCCCCAACUUCGCUUAUCAAGUUUAUAACGCGACGAAUGCAGUCAACCCCACUGGCUCUGAACAACUACGUGAUCUUUAUGUAGAUUGGUAUACCUCCAAAGGGCUGAACUAUACAUUCAUUCCUUUUGAUGGAAGAAGCGAUUACGAUGCUUUCAUUCGCAACGGUAUUCCAGGCGGCGGUAUCGCCACUGGUGCAGAGGGCAUCAAGACCAAAGAAGAGGAGAAGAUGUUUGGAGGUAAAGCCGGAAAUUGGUACGAUCCAUGCUACCAUCAGCUUUGCGACGAUGUCGGAAACGUUAAUGCUACUGCCUGGCUCGUCAACACACAGCUUGUUGCUCAUUCUGUUGCUACUUUCGCUGCUUCUUUCGAGGGUUUCCCGGAACGAGAGGCUGCUAAGGCCGCAAGUAUCUAUGAGGAAGAGACAUUGUACCAUGGACGCUACUUGACUAGGUAGUUGUUCUGUCGAUAGAUGAUGACGAGAGUCUAUUUGUAGGUCACAGAAUCUAUUGGUUGGAGUGUACACAUAGAGGACACGUUAUGCAUGGACAGUAGAGUUUGAUGGGCAGCAAUAUGGUUUAUAACAUCGGCAAUGUAUAGAGUGUGCAAUGGGUUAGAAACCAAAGCUUAUAAAGAGAGAGCCACGCUGUCCCACAUUGCCACAUUGCCUCCUAAGAAUUACAGGUAAUACUGAAUUAAAUUGCAGGUUUGAAUGUGCUAUUC